AUGGGAAAACAAACUGCAAGUAAACGUCAAAGUUUACAUCAUAAACAUAAAGUUUUAAAAAAAGUAGCAGAACAUCAUCGUAAAGUUAAAAGAUUUGCAAAACAACACCCAGAAUUAAAUAAAAGUAGAAAAGAUCCAGGUAUUCCAAAUUUAUGGCCAUUUAAAGAGGAUAUGUUAAAUAAGAUUGAACAACAAAAACAAAAAGCAUCAGAAGAGAAAAAGAAUAAAAAAGAAAAGAGAAGAUUGGAACAAAUGGCAGAAGCAAGAAGAGAUAUUGCAUCGAUGGCAGCCGAUGCAAAACGUCGUGAAUCUGAAUUUCAAGAACGUCAACAAUUGAAACAACAACAAAAACAACAAGGUAAAUUUGAAAAGGAAGGUAAAGAUUCAUCAUUGAAACAAUUUUAUAGAGAGGUUAAAAAGGUGAUCGAGGCUGGUGAUGUCAUUCUCCAAGUAUUGGAUGCUCGUGAUCCAAUGGGUUGUCGUUGUUUAGAGAUUGAGAAAAUGAUAUUAGAACGUUAUACAAAUAAAAAGAUUGUAUUGAUUUUGAAUAAGAUUGAUUUGGUACCACGUGAAAAUGUAUUGAUGUGGUUGAAAUAUUUACGUAAUUUCUACCCAACUUUGGCAUUCAAAUGUUCAACACAACAACAAAAGCGUAAUCUUGGUCAACAAGGUGGUAUUCAACCAGAGUUGGCCUCAAAUGAUAUGUUGAAUAGUACUGAGAGUUUAGGUGCCGAACAAUUACUUCAACUAUUAAAAAACUAUAGUCGUUCACUUAAUAUUAAAACUUCGGUAACCGUUGGUAUCAUUGGUUAUCCAAAUGUUGGUAAAUCAUCUUUAAUCAACUCUUUGAAACGUACUCGUUCCGUUGGUGUUGGUGCAACUCCUGGUUUCACAAAGUUUGCUCAAGAGGUUCAUUUGGAUAAGAAUGUCAAGCUAUUGGAUUCACCAGGUAUCGUACCAAUUAAAGGAAAUGUCGAUGAGAAUAUCAUUCUUCGUAAUGUUGUCAAAUUGGAGAAAGUUUUAGAUCCAAUCGCACCAGUUGAUGCUAUCCUUUCACGUUGUUCUCAAAAACAAAUUUUAGAUAUCUAUGAAAUCGCUCAAUAUCAAUCAACCACUGAUUUCUUAACUCAAGUUGCUGCUAAACGUAAGAAAAUCGUUAAAGGUGGUAUCGCUGAUUUACGUUCUACCGCCAUUAGUGUCAUUCGUGAUUGGACUGGUGGUAAAAUUCCUUUCUAUACUCAACCACCAAAAGUUUUAGUUAAAUCAACUUUACUUUCACAAUUCUCUGAUGAAUUAAAUAUUGAUCAAUCUGAUUUAAUUUCAACUGUUUCAAAUCAAAAUACUUCAUUUGCUUCUUUAAAAUAUUUAGAACCAAAACAACAAGAAUUAGAUAAUUCAUUAUUUGAUGAUGAUGAUGAAGAAGAUGAAGAAGAAAUGGAAGAUGAAGAUGAAGAUGAUGAUGAAGAAGAAGAGGAAGAAAUGGAAGAUGAAGAAGAUGAAGAAGAUGAAGAAGAUGAAGAAGAUGAAGAUGAAAUGGAAGAAGAUUCAGAUUCUGAAGCAUUACUUAAAUAUCAACAACAAAAACAAGUGGUUAAAGCAACAGCUAAACAAGUUGCUCAAAUUAAAUCAAAAUCUCAAAAUCUUAAAGAUGAAAAUGAUCAAUUCAAUCCACAAAGUAAUAAACAAUUGAAAAAACAAAAUAAAAAACUUAAAAAGAAAUUUGGUAUUGUUUCAACUUCAUCUAAACAAGUGCAAGAUGAUGAUGAUGAAGAUGACGAUGAUGAACAAGAAGAAAUUGAUCAAGAUGAUGAAGAUGAUGAAGAUAUUGAUGAAGAUGAAGCUUUUUAA